AUGGCGUAAGUGCCUUCAUGUGUUCUAGUUUGACUUCAGAAACAGCUGCACAUAUACAGGCAGGCCCACUCUCCCUGCAUGUGAGCAGAAGUCUCUAUGACUAAACCUAAAAGGAUCACUUCAGUUAUCCUUAUUGAAUCAAAAGCCUUUAUUUGUCCCUUGGUCAGGCGAUGAGGAGCUAUGUGUACCAGUGGGAUAUAUGCUGUUUACAGUGGUUCUCUAUCUAUGGGUCCUGGUUAGGGUUGCAAAAUUCUGUGAACUUUCAAAAAAUGCACUGGUUUUCCCGAAAUCCCAGUUGGAGGAUUCCCGGAAUCCGGAAACCUCCAACCAGGAUUUCUGAAAGACCAGGGAAUUUAUUAAAAGUUCACUGAAUUUUACAACCCUAGUCCUUGCCGGUGGUGCCCAACAAAAUCAAAAGGCUCCUUGUUAAUCCAAUUAGGCUAACAAGACUCUAUGUGAGGAGACAUUUUUAAUUGAAACUCACUUCAGAGAAGCAGCAAAGCUCCCUGGCAGACAGGCACACUGCUGCCUCCAAUAGGAUGGCUCUUCAAGAGCACUGCUGGUGUCCUCCCUAGAGAGAGAGAGACAGACAGAGAGAGAAACGGAAGGGGUUGAGAGAGAGAGAGUGUGUGUGUCUACGUAGAUGAGUGAUUAAUAACCUUUCCUGCAGUCAAAUUACCAAAUCGCCCUCUAGUGGCCUCAUGGGUGGAAUGUUAUUCAUAUUUUUCAUAAUUUCAUAAUUAAUUGACAUUAUUUUUAAAAACCUGCUGAAAAUCCGGUGUUUCUAUGUCAAACGGUUUUGUUAUAUUUCAGUCUUCUGUGAUGUAUAUAAAGUGUUAUAUUGGUAUGCAAACUCAAAUGUAAUACAUUUCAACUCUAUUUCUGACAUGGUACAGGUGUCUUCUUUUCUUUAAGCCCAUAACCAUGUGUGUGAGGUGUAUACUUUUGUUUCCUGGCAAAAUGUAGAUUUCCACCUAAAUAGACAUACCCAAAAGUAACUGCUAUUCAUGUGUAAUUACAUGAUUCUGACAUGCAAAAACCUGGUAUAUUUAGAAAGAACACAUCUGGGAGAUUAUGAGGAAAUUAUCAGAAAAUAGAUAGGAGUUACAUAGUUCAGAAUACACAAGAUCAAAAUAACACACACAAUAAGUAUUUUUUUAUUUUGAAAGUCAUCUUUCAUUGACAAGCUAUAAGUGAAUUAUUGAUGACUAGAGCUUAAACACAUCAGAUGGCUUCCACAACAUGUGAACAAUGUCAGAAAAAAUUAUGGGAUUGAUAGAACUAACAAUUAGAAAUGGCCAGAUGUUUUAGUAAGUGGUGUCAGGUGUGGUCACGGGAGGUUUCCAAGUUUCUGAGCCAGGUAGCAAUAGUUUGCAUUACGCAUAAAAGGUUCUAGGCCUUGCUUUGUCCCACCCAGGUCAACUGCAUAUCCCUGGAAAGUUUAUCUCAUUGGCUAAAAGACUGUCAAGGUGACAGUAGCCAAUCCCCUGUGUAAUGGAUGCCUACAGCGCGUAAGCAGGCAACAUCAUAUUUUUGAUGAGCAAAGAUAUAGUCACUCGGUGGACAUUCGAUGUUGCCAUUAAGUCAUACAUUAUCAGAUAACAUUGGUCUAGAUUUGUUCCUACCAACCUAAGGAUUCAUUUGAUACCCCCCAUGUAGCUAUAGCUCAAACACAGACCAAAUCGAAGCUUACCCUGUAAGAUGUUUGCUGUUUGGUGAAAACGUUGUGUAAAAUAAACAGUUUGACUCUCGGGCUGGUGAUCAAUAACGGUAGGUCACAGGCAGACAAAUAAGAUAUCCUCAUGAUCUGUGGAAUCCCGGCUUUCGGUGUGUAUCAACGUACUCCGUGUUGAUUUCGUUUAUGCUUCACAACACUAACCAGAAUGUAGGUAGCAGCCAUAUUUAAAUUAGGUCAUCGGCUCGGCCUGCCCUUAUAAAUAUGUAUGCCCAUAUAUGGUAGUAAGUCACACCAAAGAUUUGAAGGCACCGAUCAAUAGCCAAGAUACUCAGCUUUCCGCAGACACCCUGCAUUUGCAGAUAGGGGCUACCGUUCUCAUACCAGACUGAAUUGAAUAAAACAAAUCUAAUAGGGUCCCCCAAAUAUGGGGACAUUACAUUUAAGAGGUUUAAGACUACCAAGAAACACUCUGUGUGACCCUGAUUUAGCCCACUGCAGUAAAAGGUUUAAGAAGCCUUUGAAGAUGAUUUAUUUUUAUCUUGAAGUAAUCGCUUGAAGAUUCUAGUUUUGGACAGCCUAUGAUUCUCCAUGAUAUGACAUUGCUUAUAUAAUGAUUAUAUGACCUUUUAGAAGAGAGAACCACAUGUAUGGGAUGUUUUACUUGAUGAAAGAGUUGAACUCCUGUAUUCCUGACAUCAUAACCCUAACAAACCCGACAUCCAUGAAAUCUAGACAUUAAUACUGCACAUAAAUGACAGUCGUGCAUCACAAUACAAUUUCUAAGGCUGUUAGCCCACUAUACUGAUAUAGUUGUUGAUGGUGAAAACAACAGGAAACCAAGACUUAGCCAAGGUUACUGUUUGGCCAUUUUGCCAGAAACAAUGAGACAGACCUUGUCUUUGGAACGUUACUUUCUCUCUCUGUUUGCUUUCCAAACAUACAACUAUAAAAGACACAAAGUGAAUGAGUGGUUGUUAGAGCUGAACAAACACAGAAGUGUGACUAAAGUGUCUCUUUACCGUCGAAGGGAGCUGUCUGUUGAGUAGCCUUCUCCCCUGGGGACUACUCACACAGAGUUAGCUAGCCUGUUCUGUUCCCUGUAGAGUCCAUCACUUAAUGAGGGAAUGCCUGUGUGUGUGUGUGUGUGUGUUUGUGUGUUUGUGUGUGGGUGUGUGUGUCCGUGCGUCUCUGUGUGAGUAGCAGAAUUGAGUGUAUCUGGUGGAUGGAUGGAUUAACUCAAAAUUCACCCUCAUUUCAAAAGCCUCUGUUUCUCUGACUACAGCAGAAAUAAGCCCAGGAUUCCACCUGGCUGCUACCAUAAUACUAAUGUGACGGCACCCAUUAACAACCUUUAUCUGCUUAGUAAUGUAAUACUCUAUAGGCCUACUGUAUAUUUCUUACAAAUAAUGCUAGUAUAAUAGCAACUGGUUUUGUUGAAGUUUUGUGAGUUAUUUGGUUGUCAUGCACCACUUUUAAUGAAGAAAUAGUUAUAUUGUUUCAUAUGAGCUAUUGGUUUGUGUGGGUGUGAAUGUUUUUCUUGGACACCACGCUAAAACCUAGACAUCACGUCACAAAUGGCAUAGCGCUUAUUAAAUAUGAUGAUGGCAUUUCUGUGAAAGAAAACAUGUUGGUGUCUCUUACUGACAAGUAAGUCCAACACUCUUUCACUGAACUACAUGUUUGUCUGGUUAAAGUAAUGUGUCUCAAUGUGUUUCUCUCAGCGCUGCUCUCUUUGAGACUGCAGGGUGAAGAUGGCAUAUGACCAUCUCCCCUCCAGAUCACUCCACCCCCCACAGGGAGCCCCGGAGACCCUAAACCCCAAACCCCAAACCAUAAUCCCUAAUCCCAGCUCCUUGCCAUUCAAGUACAUUAGUAAAUUAUUACACUUAAUCCAUGGGGUUCACCAAAGCUGCUUUAGGGGAGGAAUAAGGAGUUACACUUGGCUGAAGUAAUUGACCAGUGGAUAACUAUAUGGCCAGUCCAUCUUGGUUUAAUUUGUUUUAGCAUUUUAGCCUCAGGGUAAUGCUGGACUGCUGAGCCAGCAUGGGAGACAGAUCCCGCCCAAUGACUAGGGAAUUGAGUCACGAUAUGUUCAGUCAUUCACUGGCAUAGUUGACACAACUCGUGUGUGGAUUCUGGGCUGAAGCCUCAAUGCAUGUUUGUUUACUACAGAUGUAGGAUGUUAAUUAAUUUUGUUGCUGAGAAUCGCAGGAAAUGCAGGAAAUGCAAACUUGUAGUGUAUCCGAUGUUUAAAAAGGCUUCUAAAGUUUGUAAUUUCCACUUAAAAAAUGUCAGACUUCACUUGCCUUAACAAAAAAUGUAUCAACCCCUACAAAAUAAUGUCCAUUCAUUAUAAUGCACAUAAUAAUUCACAUUUCUUGUUGCUGCAGGAUUAUUUUCAUGCCGUAGCAAACUGGCUCAAAUUAAGAUCCUACAUCUGUAUCUCUGCCGCUUAUAGUCAAGUCCUGUGUCUGUGUUUUGUAUUAUGAAUGACAUUUAGUGGACAGAUUGAUAAAAGGAUAUUGACUCAUGGCUGUGUGUGGUUAUGAGACCUGACCCCUGACAACAUUGUUUUCUGUAUGUUUGUAGUGAACACUCUGGGGGCCAAUGUCACUGAGUUGGACACCAUAGCCAACGUGACAUCCCUGCCCAGUAAGGUCGAGGAAGCGGCCAAAGUGAAUGAUGUUGUUAUCGAGGUGACCGGGGUCAGCAGCUCAUUCAGCCCCGUCGUCACGGUGACCCAGAAGGUCGGUCGCAUUCCCCGCUCCGAAGAGGAGCAGGGCAGCGGCAUGCUGGGAGAAGGGGUGUUGCCAGCCGAGGAGGAGGUGGUAACCCCGCCCAGGAUCAGCCCCGACUCAGCAGAGACAGAGCUCCUGCUGCCUAGCAACCCCCGUGGCACGGAGGAGGAAGUUGAUGAAGAGGAGCACACAGACCCACCAUGGCUCAACGGCGAAGACAACGUCUUCGGAAUAGCCAAUCUGGCCACCACCACUGCCCCGCCCCCCGCCGCCGCUAACCCCUCCCGCCCAGAUGUCCUCACCGUGGACUUCUUCGACCCUGCCUCUCGUGGCCGCGGCCUGGACCUGGCCCCACCCUCUCCCUCCUCAUUGGCCCACGAGCUCCAGGGUGGUGACCCCACUUCCUGGGCCAUGCCAGACAACUAUGACUACCUCACGCCGUACGAGGACGGUACGUCGCCCACCCCUGACGAGUACUCCUACAGCACCCCUACUGAUACUCUGGAUGGGGAUGACGACUUGAGGCUAACUGCUGCGCCUCCAUCUCGCUCCAGGACCAGGGCUCCCCCAGGUUCCGGCUCCUUCACCCCAGACAAGAGGCUUCCCAGUGGGGGUGCUGCUGCUGCUCCAGAGGGCCCUGCGGCCGCCCCUCCAGCAUUACCAGUGGAUGGCUCAGACGGGGCCGGUGGCUGCCGCCAGGGCUAUGUGAAGCAGAAUGGAACCUGCCGCUCCCCCUGUGACACCCUACCCAGCUACUGCUUCAACGGAGGCCAGUGCUACCUUCUGGAGGGGAUGGGUGUCUUCUGC